UGAAAACAAACCUCACAACACCAUUAUUUUUCAUCUCUCAUUCUUUAAUUCUUUUCUUUGUCUCAAAACUCUUCCUCUCUCGAUCUCCCUCUAGGCUCUAGGCUGAGAGAGAGAGAGAUCGAGAGAGAGAGAGAAAGCAAUUAAGAAGCAACCAAUUCAAUAUAAUUAUGGGUUGUGGGGAAUCAAAGCAUGCCACUGCAACAGCUAACACUGCCAUUACCAAGAGAUCUUCCUCUUCAAGAACCAAUUCCCAGAAGGAGAGACCCCCAUUGGAUCAACAACCAGAAACACCUGCAAAUAAUGAUGCCACCAAGAACCCACCUCAAUCUGCUCCUCAAAAGGGUGACAAUAAUAUUAUUCAUAUUAUAAAGGAGAGCAAAGGCGGAGACGAAAAGGCCCUCGAGGCGAAGGAAAGCAAGAAUGGUGCAAAGGAGACAAUAAUUGAUAAAACAGCCAAAGUGGAAGAAAAGGAAAAUGGAGCACAGGCCAGCAAGGAAGGAUCUCUUGAACAAAAUGAAGAUGUUAAUACAAAUGAAGAAUACAGCUGCUUCUGAGGCAAAAACAGAAAUCAAACCACAACCAUAAGAGAAGAUUGAAAAACCAAUCUGAUACUAAAUCAGAUGCUCAUUUCAUCUGUAUGAGAAAUCAUUUUUAUCUAUUUCACAUUAUGGGUAAUUUUAAUGCCACAUUCUUCUUUCCAUCAAAUAUACAAAACAUGUAAAAGUGGAGAGUAUAUAUCAUAUAUUCAUUUUGUUGUGGAGGAUAGAAGCAUUGCAUGGGCUUUUUAGUAUCAAGUUCUCAUACUAAUUUGGUUC